AUGUCUGAAACAAAAGAAGAAACACCAAGUAUGCUACAUGUGGAUUCAACUGCAGUCUACAGCUCAAGUUCAACACCAAGUAAUAACAAACAAAAGGAACAGAUGCUUGAGCUAGAAAAUAUACUUAUUCGUGAGGAAGAAAAAGUGAAUGCUAAUGAUGAUGCUAUAAAUUUACCAGAACUAACGGAAGACAAACAACAAGUGAAUAUAAAAAAACAAGAAAGUUCAAGCGAAGAGGUUGUUACAACGAACAUCACAUCAAAAGAUAUUGAAACAUUUACAGAUUGUACAGAGACUGGGGAAACUCAAAAGCACAGACCAUCGAGAAGAUUCGACACAAAGAAAAACGAAACUGGAAAAAAAAUUGUGUCUGGUCGUUGGAAAAUAAGUAAAGUUACUAAAGAAAAGAAUGGUAGUAGUAGUAGUAAUAAUAAAAAAUUAAAAAGGAGAAAUUAA